AUGGCAGAAAAGACGGGUGAAAUCGCCCACGAGCUCGAGCGCGGCUCCUCCACUGGCGCAAUCGACAUCAACAGGAACCUCGAGGCCAAAAUCUCCAACCCUCUGGCCGGAAUCCCGAAGAGCCAGCUUAUGCGCAAUGUCGACGAGUUCGCCAACGCUCAGGGUCUGACCGACCAUAUUCCCAUGCUACGCAAGGGCGCCCUCGUCGCCCAGCUGGGUGUCGCCACCUCCCUCACACGCGAAGACUAUGAUACCAUCCGCGGCGAGGAGGCUCUCACUGAGGAGGAGAAGCUAGUCCUCGAGAACGAGGUCCAGCACAAGUGGCGCCUGCCCUGGCGACUGUGGCUUACAGUCAUCACCUGCUCCAUCGGCGCUGCUGUCCAGGGUUGGGACCAGACUGGUUCCAACGGCGCCAACCUGUUCUUCCCCAAGGUCUACGGCAUCGGAAGCAAGAGUGUCCACGACACUUUGAUUGUUGGUCUUGUCAAUGCUGGUCCUUACAUUGGUAGCGCUGUUAUCGGCUGCUGGCUCACUGAUCCCAUCAACAACUGGCUGGGUCGUCGAGGUGUCAUCUUUGUCUCUGCAAACUUCUGUCUGUGGCCUGUCAUUGGAUCUGCCUUCUGUCACGCCUGGCCCGAACAGCUGGCUUGCCGUCUGUUGAUGGGUAUUGGAAUGGGAGUAAAGGCCUCCACAGUUCCUGUAUACGCCGCCGAGAAUUCGCCUGCUGCUGUCCGUGGUGCGCUGGUCAUGACCUGGCAGCUCUGGACGGCCUUUGGCAUCUUCUUUGGAACCAUCAUCAACCUGGCUGUCUACCACAUGAAGGACCAAUGGCGCUACAUGCUGGGAGCCCCCUUCAUCCCCGCCGUCCCGCUUCUGUGCUUGAUUUACCUGUGCCCUGAGUCGCCUCGUUGGCUCAUCAAGAAGGGUCGCUAUCCCAAGGCAUGGGACUCGCUGGUCAGGCUGCGAAAUCACGAGAUCCAGGUCGCCCGCGACUUGUACAACAUCCACGCUGCCGUUGAUCUGGAGUCGCACAUAAUUGCUAAGAGCACCUACGUGAUCCGCUUCUUCGAGCUGUUCACUAUCCCGCGUGUGAGGCGUGCCACCCUGGCGGCCUUCACCGUCAUGAUUGCCCAGCAGAUGUGUGGUAUCAACAUCAUCGCCUUUUACUCCUCCACCGUGUUCGAGGAUGCCGGCGCGGGCCAGUACCAGGCCCUGACAUUCUCACUUAUCUUCGGUGCCGUCAACUUCCUGUUCGCCUUCCCCGCCCUCAAGACCAUCGACACCUUCGGCCGCCGCUCCCUCCUGCUGUUUACCUUCCCCCAGAUGACCUGGACCUUGCUGGCUGCCGGUCUCUGCACCCUCAUCCCGGACAGCAACAGCGCGCGUACUGGCCUGGUGGCCCUGUUUGUAUACCUCUUUGCCGCCUUCUACUCGCCCGGCGAGGGUCCCGUGCCCUUCACCUACUCGGCCGAGGUCUUCCCCUUGUCCCAUCGUGAGGUUGGAAUGAGUUUCGCCGUCGCCACCUGCCUGUUCUGGGCCGCCAUUCUGAGUAUCAGCUUCCCGUUCCUGCUCGCCAAGACUGGCACUGUUGGUGCCUUUGGCUUCUACGCCGGCCUCAACGCCGUCGCCUUCGUCAUGAUCUUCUUCUGGGUGCCAGAAACGAAGCAGAAGACCCUCGAGGAGCUCGACUACGUCUUCGCCGUGCCCACCAGCCAGUUCGCCAAGUACCAGCUCACCGAGGCCGCUCCGUGGUGGAUCAAGCGCUACGUCCUGUUCCAGAAGAGCGCCACCCUCCGCCCGUUGUACAAGGAGGAACACUUCCACCAAGCCGAGGAAUCAGAUCGCGUUCCGGACAAGUCGGCCGACAACGACAACUCAGACCCUCCCAGCCCUCACCACCUGGAGUAG